UCCAGUGUUAAACUCAUCAUCUUCUUCUAGUGGUCCACAGCUUUUCUUCAAAGGCUGAACUCAUUUUUACCUACAGUCACGUGAGAUCUUGGUUUCCGCCAUUUUAAAUGCCAGAUCUUAGCCUGUUGCUGGAAAUGGCCCUCUCAGUGGACUCAUCAUGGCAUCGGUGGCAGUGGAGAGUCAGAGAUGGCUUCCCCCAUUGUCCAUCAGAAACCACAUCUCUGCUCUCUCCAGAGAAAGGGAGACAGAGCUACAACUUGACACAGCAGCGAGUCGUGUUCCCCAACAACAGCAUAUUCCACCAAGACUGGGAAGAGGUCUCCAGGAGAUACCCUGGCAACAGAACCUGCACAACCAAAUACACCCUCUUCACCUUCCUGCCCCGGAAUCUCUUUGAGCAAUUUCAUAGAUGGGCUAACCUCUAUUUCCUGUUCCUGGUGAUUUUGAACUGGAUGCCCUCCAUGGAAGUCUUCCACAGAGAAAUCACCAUGUUACCGUUGGCCAUUGUCCUGUUCGUCAUCAUGAUCAAGGAUGGCAUGGAGGACUUCAAGAGACACCGCUUUGAUAAAGCAAUAAACUGCUCCAACAUUCGAAUUUAUGAAAGAAAAGAGCAGACCUACGUGCAGAAGUGCUGGAAGGAUGUGCGCGUGGGAGACUUCAUCCAAAUGAAAUGCAACGAGAUUGUCCCAGCAGACAUACUCCUCCUUUUUUCCUCGGACCCCAGUGGGAUAUGCCAUCUGGAAACUGCCAGCUUGGAUGGAGAGACAAACCUCAAGCAAAGACGUGUCGUGAAGGGCUUCUCACAGCAGGAGGUACAGUUCGAACCAGAGCUUUUCCACAAUACCAUCGUGUGUGAGAAACCCAACAACCACCUCAACAAAUUUAAGGGUUAUAUGGAGCAUCCUGACCAGACCAGGACUGGCUUUGGCUGUGAGAGUCUUCUGCUUCGAGGCUGCACCAUCAGAAACACCGAGAUGGCUGUUGGCAUUGUCAUCUAUGCAGGCCAUGAGACGAAAGCCAUGCUGAACAACAGUGGCCCCCGGUACAAACGCAGCAAGAUUGAGAGGCGCAUGAACAUAGACAUCUUCUUCUGCAUUGGGAUCCUCAUCCUCAUGUGCCUUAUUGGAGCUGUAGGUCACAGCAUCUGGAAUGGGACCUUUGAAGAACACCCUCCUUUCGAUGUGCCAGAUGCCAAUGGCAGCUUCCUUCCCCGUGCCCUUGGGGGCUUCUACAUGUUCCUCACAAUGAUUAUCCUGCUCCAGGUGCUGAUCCCCAUCUCUUUGUAUGUCUCCAUUGAGCUGGUGAAGCUCGGGCAAGUGUUCUUCUUGAGCAAUGACCUUGACCUGUAUGAUGAAGAGACCGAUUUAUCCAUUCAAUGUCGAGCCCUCAACAUCACGGAGGACUUGGGCCAGAUCCAGUACAUCUUCUCUGAUAAGACGGGGACCCUGACAGAGAACAAGAUGGUGUUCCGACGUUGCACCAUCAUGGGCAGCGAGUAUUCUCACCAAGAAAAUGCUAAGCGACUGGAGACCCCAAAGGAGCUGGACUCAGAUGGUGAAGAGUGGACCCAAUACCAAUGCCUGUCCUUCCCGACUAGAUGGGCCCACGAUCCAGCAAUUAUGAGAAGCCAAAAAGGUGCUCAGCCUCUGAGGAGGAGCCAGAGUGCCCGGGUGCCCAUCCAGGGCCACUACCGGCAAAGGUCUAUGGGGCACCACGAAAGCUCACAGCCUCCUGUGGCCUUCAGCAGCUCCAUAGAAAAAGAUGUAACUCCAGAUAAAAACCUACUGACCAAGGUUCGAGAUGCUGCCCUGUGGUUGGAGACCUUGUCAGACAGCCGACCUACCAAGGCUUCCCUCUCCACCACCUCCUCCAUUGCUGAUUUCUUCCUUGCCUUAACCAUAUGCAACUCUGUCAUGGUAUCCACAACCACUGAGCCCAGGCAGAGGGUCACCAUCAAACCCUCAAGCAAGGCUCUGGGGACGUCCCUGGAGAAGAUUCAGCAGCUCUUCCAGAAGUUGAAGCUAUCGAGCCUCAGCCAGUCAUUCUCAUCCACUGCACCCUCUGACACAGACCUGGGAGAGAGCUUAGGGGCCAACCUGGCCACCAUGGACUCGGAUGAGAGAGAUGAUGCGUCUGUGUGCAGUGGAGGUGACUCCACCGAUGACGGUGGCUACAGGAGCAGCAUGUGGGACCAGGGCGACAUCCUGGAGCCUGGGUCAGGCACUUCCUUGGAGGAGGCAUUGGAGGCCCCAGCUCCAGACCUGGCCAGGCCUGAGUUCUGUUACGAGGCUGAGAGCCCUGAUGAGGCCGCCCUGGUGCACGCUGCCCAUGCCUACAGCUUCACACUAGUGUCCCGGACACCUGAGCAGGUGACUGUGCGCCUGCCCCAGGGCACCUGCCUCACCUUCAGCCUCCUCUGCACCCUGGGCUUUGACUCUGUCAGGAAGAGAAUGUCUGUGGUUGUGAGGCACCCACUGACUGGCGAGAUUGUCGUCUACACCAAGGGCGCUGACUCGGUCAUCAUGGACCUGCUGGAAGACCCAGCCUGCGUGCCUGACAUUAAUAUGGAAAAGAAGCUGAGAAAAAUCCGAGCCCGGACCCAAAAGCAUCUAGACUUGUAUGCAAGAGAUGGCCUGCGCACACUAUGCAUUGCCAAGAAGGUUGUAAGUGAAGAGGAUUUCCGGAGAUGGGCCAGUUUCCGGCGUGAGGCUGAGGCAUCCCUCGACAACCGAGAUGAGCUUCUCAUGGAAACUGCACAGCAUCUGGAGAAUCAACUCACCUUACUUGGAGCCACUGGGAUUGAAGACCGGCUGCAGGAAGGAGUUACAGAUACGAUUGCCACUCUGCGGGAGGCUGGGAUCCAGCUCUGGGUCUUGACCGGAGAUAAGCAGGAGACAGCGGUCAACAUUGCCCAUUCCUGCAGACUGUUAAAUCAGACCGACACUGUUUAUACCAUCAAUACAGAGAAUCAGGAGACCUGCGAAUCCAUCCUCAAUUGUGCAUUGGAAGAGCUAAAGCAAUUUCAUGAACUACAGAAGCCAGACCGCAAGCUCUUUGGGUUCCACUUAACUUCCAAGACACCAUCCAUCACCUCAGAAGCUGUGGUUCCAGAAGCUGGAUUGGUCAUCGACGGGAAGACAUUGAAUGCCAUCUUCCAGGGAAAGCUAGAGAAGAAGUUUCUGGAAUUGACCCAAUAUUGUCGGUCCGUCCUGUGCUGCCGCUCCACGCCACUCCAGAAGAGCAUGAUAGUCAAGCUGGUGCGAGACAAGUUGCGCGUCAUGACCCUUUCCAUAGGUGAUGGAGCAAAUGAUGUAAGCAUGAUUCAAGCUGCUGAUAUUGGAAUUGGAAUAUCUGGACAGGAAGGCAUGCAGGCUGUCAUGUCCAGCGACUUUGCCAUCGCCCGCUUUAAGCAUCUCAAGAAGCUGCUGCUCGUGCAUGGCCACUGGUGUUACUCGCGCCUGGCCAGGAUGGUGGUGUACUACCUCUACAAGAACGUGUGCUAUGUCAACCUGCUCUUCUGGUAUCAGUUCUUCUGUGGUUUCUCCAGCUCCACCAUGAUUGAUUACUGGCAGAUGAUAUUCUUCAAUCUCUUCUUUACCUCCUUGCCUCCUCUCGUCUUUGGAGUCCUUGACAAAGACAUCUCUGCAGAAACACUCCUGGCAUUGCCUGAGCUAUACAAGAGUGGCCAGAACUCUGAGUGCUAUAACCUGUCGACUUUCUGGAUUUCUAUGGUGGAUGCAUUCUACCAGAGCCUCAUCUGUUUCUUUAUCCCUUACCUGACCUAUAAGGGCUCUGAUAUAGACGUCUUUACCUUUGGGACACCAAUCAACACCAUCUCCCUCACCACAAUCCUUUUGCACCAGGCAAUGGAAAUGAAGACAUGGACCAUUUUUCACGGAGUCGUGCUCCUCGGCAGCUUCCUGAUGUACUUUGUGGUAUCCCUCCUGUACAAUGCCACCUGCGUCAUCUGCAACAGCCCCACCAAUCCCUAUUGGGUGAUGGAAGGCCAGCUCUCAAACCCCACUUUCUACCUCGUCUGCUUUCUCACACCAGUUGUUGCUCUUCUCCCAAGAGAGAAGAUUCUAGACACAGAUAAAGACUUCCAAUUCCAGAGUCUACUACAGACUGCAUGCAGCUUGGCAGGAGGAAAAAAACCUUGAGUCAGUCAACAGGGAGAUGUGUUAACAUCUCAGGAGACCUUGGGAAUCUCAUCUCACCUCACCUCUUGGGGCCCCUAUUUCUUUAUCUGGCAAAUUAUAGAAAUAUGACGACACUGUCAAGUCAGCAAGGCCCACAGAUUCAAGAAAAGAAUGUGGAUUCUAAAACUACUUUAAAAUCAUCAAGUUUCACAAAGGCUUAAUAUGACAGAGCAAUUAAAUUUGCCUAAAUUGGAGUAGCCCAGAAAUAGAAUGGACUGCUUUGUGCGUGGCAAAUAAGAGACAAGUCUUUGGAUUCAGAGUGUGUGGUUCUGACCAUAGCUCAACCACUGUGUGGCUGUGGACAAAUCAUUAAAUCUCUCAGUCUCUCAGUUUCCCCAUCUGUACUCAGAGGCAAACAAAAGUAAUAACCGCAUGGGAUUGUUGGGAAAAGAAAAUGAAUUAAUAAUACAUAAAGCACUUAGAAUAGUCCUGGUGUAUAAUAAAUGUUAGCUGUUAUGUUUUGUUGUUAUUUUUGUUGUUGAGCUACUCAAGACUAGAGGUGCCCAGACAUGGAUUUAAUAGCAGUAAAGAGGAUCUUGCUCCAGGCAGGGAGUUGGAUUCUAAAGACCACCUUUUAAUGCUGAAGUUUAUGAAGUCAAUGGAAAUCAGAAAUAUCUUUAUUCUGUUAUUUCCCACCAGAUACUUUUUCCUGUCUCUACAAGGAACCUGUGGGAAGUCUCUAAUCUCAAAAGCUCAGAAAAUUGACAAACUCCCCCCAGACAAAAGAAACCUGGAAAUCCAGAGUUGGAGAAGCCGACAGAGGCCUGCCCCUAUCCCCGAAGUGGCUCGACCCACCCACCACCCAGUGUCAUCUAUCACAGGACAGAACUUCAGUGCCAGCACUCCAAAGAGCUCUAACCCUCCCAAGAGGAAGCAUGUGGAAGAGUCAGUGCUCCAUGAACAGAGAUGUGGCAUAGAGUGCAUGAGGGAUGACUCAUGCUCAGGGGACUCCUCAGCUCACCUCUCAUCCGGGAAGCACCUGCUGGGGCCUAAUAGGACAAUGGCCUACCCAAGAGGACAGACUGACAUGUCCCGGUGCUCAAAGAGGGGCAGCCAUCGCCGAUCCCAGAGUUCACUGACCAUAUGAGGAGCUGCAGAAAUCUGUACAAACUCAACAGAGGCCAGCCAGUCACUGGUCCACGUAACCCUUGACCCCUUCCUCUUCAUAGAGGAAACAACGUGCCAGUCUUUUUCUCCAACAACCUUAACUUCCGUGGAGGAAGUGCUGGCCCCAAGGAGUCUGACACAAAGACUGGAAACCCAGUCGGCCUCUGGUUUUCUGCUGCUCUCAGGCAGCACAUCUUGUAAAGUUUGGAGAAGGAGGCUGUUUUUGUUGCAUCAAGUUCUCAAAUCAGUUUAGCCCAAAGCCAUUCUUCUGACCCUCUAGAUAAGCAUAGCCUACAACCCAGUGCAACUGGGCCAUAAGUUUCCAAGAUUCCAAGAAGUGUAUCAACCCAGGCAAUAUCUCAGGAUAUGGAAGCUUCUGGGCUAAUUUACCCCUCAGUGCCCAGAGUUAAAGUUUCAGAAGAGACUUGUGCACGUAAGGGCUUCAUCUCAAGUGUAUUUCAGUAAUGGCUGAGUCAGGGUUAAUAUCUCUUCUGGGCACAGCGAGUUGGUUCUGCUUUUUGCCUGUAAGCCAAAGAAAAGCCACAUGUAAAAAGCUACUACUAAAAGCCAGAAAGAAAAGUAGAUUUGAACUCAGUGUCACAGACUCUUCUGAGGGUUUUAGGGUCACAGUUAGUGUAAGAGGCAUGAAGACUAGACAUGCAAAAGAGAACAGGUGCACCAGAGACCCCUGUUUUGGCUGACAGACCAUAUGUCCCACCAUCUGGGGAAUCUGACAAGAGGGCAUAGGUGGCACUCUUUUUUUAAAAGCUAUUUAUUUUAUUUAUUUUUAAAUAAAAUUGCCCAUCCUCAUUCAGCUCUUAGAACAAAAGAACAAAACCUUGCAAAUCAGGAGAUAUAAGCACAUCUGCACCCAGAAUAGGCCCAUAUGAUAGGGCAACCCUGAGCUUAAACAAUGACAUCUUCAAGGGUAGAACUAAUAUGAAACCCCAUUCAGCCUAUUCCAGAAUACCACCCUCUGGAAGACACUGGCCUGCAUCAAUUAGAGUCAGAGGAAGUGUCACUUCACAGGGAAAAGAAGGAUUAUAUAGACUUCCUAUCCCUAGAGUUUAUAAAUGUCAACUAUAUAAAAGAGCUCAAAACAGGGUUAAAGGAAUGAACAGUAGAAUUUUGAUAGGCUGUCCAAAGAAGCCAGGUCUGCUGUGGGCAAGUAUAGCCUAACCCUAGUCUUGUAAAAUAAACCAGAAAGGGUUACUGAGCCACCAUAAGCUAGUACCUAUAUAGUAGGCAAAAAGUACAGAAAUAGAUGCAAUAAGUGUGGUGAGUCUUUGAGCCUACGAGUCAUGCCACCAGCCAUAAAUUGACCUAUCACUCGAGAACCUCCUCAGCAAAGAUGCCAGAAAACAUUCAAUCAAGUUGGCAAAUGGCACAGGGAGCUGGCCCUCUGACCAUCUUCCUGGCAAACCUGGACUGGAAGAGCCAUUUGCAGCACUGUCCAGGAGCUAAUACACUGUUUCACUGCCUCUGCCACAUAAUGAUGCCAGCACUAGCCAGCAGGUGGGUAUUUGGGGGAAUCCUGCAGAGGAUUGCCCAAGAAGGGACAGGUACACAUACCUGGCAAAGUGGUGAUGAUGUGAAUUGUUUCCAGUGAGGGGAUUGAGUCAAAACUUGGAUCUCAGACACCCCAAUUUUUCCCCCUAUUUCUGGCUAUGACUAAAAGCCAGAAAGAACAGAACAGUGGCCUCAGGAGAUCUGAGUUUGAAUCCUUGCUCUCUAGGAUGCAGGUGGCUUGAAGCAGAAUGCCACACCUGCAAGUUCGUUAAAACUGCCUUUCUUCCCAGGCUUGACAUAGGUAUUAAGUCAAAAUUACAUGAAACCCAGUGGUAAAAAAGCCUCUGAAAGCUGUAACACCCUCAGUAAUAACAAAAGGGAUUUUUAUUUCACAGCUAAAGGGAAAAGAGGUGGAGAAGUUAAAAAAUAAUGUCUGAUCCUCUUCCUAAGUUCCAAACUAUAGCCAACACUCUGAUGCUGCUCUUUUUCUUGUAGGACCACCCAUCCCAGUUUGCCUGGGACUUUCUCAUUUUUACAGAGUGCCAAAUCCUAGGAAACUGGAGCAACUGGUACAACUGGUCACCUACUCUUGCCCCUCUGUAAAUCAAGCCAACUGUGACCAUCCAAUGUGCCAUCUUACAGGCAAAAGUUAUAACAUAUUCCCCUAUAACAUAAUGCUAAUGAUUGUACUUAGUACCUUUUUAUACUUUUAUGAUAUUUUACUGAUUGGAAAUGUCAUCCUUUAUUAAAAAUAAACAUGGUUUUCCAUA